AUGGAUUCUAUUGCCGGAAAGUCGCUCGAUAACAUAUUACUCGACUUUGCAUCUCUAAAAGACAUCCCAGAGUUAUCUGAGAUUGUCACCUCUUUCCUCGAUGGCGAAUAUAAAAAGAUCCUGAAAAAUCCAACGUCCCAAACCCUGUACGCGAAACUCGCGGCCACAGUCACACUCUCAAAGGAAGAGCAAGAUGUAGCGAUCCAAGAAGGGCUAUUCAACAACCAAAGCGACAUUAUUUCUGUUUUUAUAUCCGGUCUAGCAGCAUUCAACGCUUUUCUUCAAGCAAAUGUCACGGGACCGCCAUUAGACCUCAGAGACGUCUUCAGUCAAGACGACGCAAAUACAUUUCGAGACCAAUGUCUCAGAAGUCUAGACAUCGAUGGUGUCUCCGUAUACCAACACAUCCCCCACAUCGAGCUAUUCUGCCUCGCUCGUCUAGUCUUCACAACCUGUUUCCCACGUCUCAUCUCCGGGACCUUCACAGACUCAAAAUGGAUGCGUCUGCGGAUAAACGCAUACCACCAACGUCUCCUAUCAGGCGUCUCGUUCAGUCGGAUCACAGACGCGACGGCGCUUCAGAAUGUCAUUGAUAAGGAUCUGAAAGAGCUCGAGGCUGAGAUUUUCGCGCCGAGUUCGACGUUCGCUACGGAGGCUAAGGUGCAGUUUCUGUUGGAGAAGGCGCAGAUUCAUAUCAUGCAAGGACUUGAUAUUAAGGCGAAAGAGGAUGUGAAGAGUGCGAGUGAGACGUCUGGGUUUAGUUUUGCGCUUUCGGGGGCGUUGGGGAAGAGGACGAGGUUUCAGCAGACGGAUAUUUCGCAGCUUGUUGUUUUUGCUAGGAGUAAGGAUGUGAGUGAGGAGAUACGGGUUGAGAAUGGCGAUGGAGUUAAGGAUUUGAGCAUCGAAGAUGAAGAUCACAAAGGACCACAAAAUUUGGAGCAUAACGAUGAUACUCUGUUAGAGGAUAUCUCGUUCGCUAAACCACAAUCUGAUGCGGUGGAUAAUUUACCUCCUGCACUAGCUGGCAUGCUACCAGAUCAGCAACCUCAACUCACGCCUCUGGAUCAGAUUACCCUCCUAACAGAGGCUACUAUCAAAGACACAUUUCUACCACUAGACAAGCUAAACAGCGAAGAAGUACUACCUUACGCCAUCCGAGUCCUCAACGACAAACCUACAAACUGGCAAAUCUACACUCAAGCCCUCCUCGUCCGCUCUCGAAUCGAAUCUCAUCGAUCACGAACACAAGAACGCAGUGUCCUCCAACUCCAAGUAAUCGUCGACCAGAUCAUCGCCGACACAACCGAAGAACCCUCACCCUCAGCCGACGGCGUUCCAGAAAUCCGAGUCACCUCAUUCUUACCACGAGCCAAAGCCUCAGAAUCCGCACCCAUAACCGAACGUCUGCAAUACAUAUUCCAACUCAACACGCCCACGCGCUGGGAAAUCGAAACCGAACUCGCCUUCGCCUGGUCCAGCGCCGGCUCCCUCGUCAGCGCCCUCGAAAUCUUCAAACGACUAAAGCUCUGGCCAGAGGUAGCAUUAUGCCACCACUCCGUCGGCCAAGAAGACAAAGCGCGACAGAUCGUGCGUCGACAACUUUACUACUCAGAAAAAGGGCCCGACAUGGACGUCUACGACGUCGACGCCGAAGCCAUCGCCACCGAGAAAUGGGAAGGCGAAAUCCGCUCCCCACCACCACCACACUCCCCGCGCCUCUGGUGCAUCCUCGGCGACCUGGACAACGAUCCAACCUGCUGGCAGCGCGCCUGGGAGAUCUCUCACCACCGCUACGCCCGCGCUCAACGUACUUUGGGCGAAUACUACGCGCGUAAAGGCGACCUGGCACUCGCGCGCGAAGCCUACAUGGCAGCUACGGUCGUAAACCGACAGAACAACGCCACGUGGUCGCGACUCGGGGACAUUGAUCUCGCAGUGGGGAACUGGGACGGCGCCAUCAUCGCCUUCCAGCAGAGUAUCAUGAUCGACGACAGCGACGCGAAGACAUACUCCAACCUCGGCUCCGCCUUACUCUCAAAACACGCCGAGCUCACCACACUGACCAAAAUCGGAGAAGCCGCGCCGGCGGAGGGUACGUCCCCGGCGGAUAUCCUGCGUCAGUCCCUCGCGGCGUAUAAACGCGCGGCGGCGCUUGCGUAUUCGAAUUGGCAGAUCUGGGAUAACGUGCUGACGAUCGCGACGCGGAUGAAGCCGCCCGCGUACCCGGAGAUCCUGCUCGCGCUGCGUAAUGUGAUAAGGAUCCGCGCUCCGACGAUGGGCGAGAAUGCUGUUGAUAUAGACGUCCUGCGUGCUUUGGUGGGGGAAGUAACCUCGCGGUCUCCGCCUAGCACCGAGGGGGUGUAUGAUCCACCGCGUGGCUCGCUGGCUAAAGCUGUGAUCGGUUUCUAUAAGGAUGAGGUUGAGCCGCUGAUUACGACACGUAGUACGCUGUGGGUGUUGGCUGAGAAACUGGCGUUGUAUGUUAGGGACUAUGCGCGGGCGUUGAGCUGUGCGGAGAAAGCGUGGCGGAUGGCUUCGAAGGGGGAGUGGGAGGGGGAUGUGGAGGCGUGGAGGGAGGUGGUGGAACUUACGGAUGGAUUGGUGAGUGCGUAUGAGAAUUAUGGGGGGAGGGAGUGGGAAGGGGGCGUGGUGGAGAAGGGGUGGAAGGGGAAGGCGAGGAGUGCGGUUAGGGGGGUUAUGGGACGGGGGAGGGAUGCUUGGGAGGGGACUGAGGAGUGGGGAGUGUUGGAGGGUUUGUUGGAGGGGUUGAAGGGGUAG